CAUGCAUGUGGCGGUGGCGACGGUGGCAGCACGCCCCAUGGACAGAGUAGGCCUGGACUAUGAGUUGUUUGGCACGCGCUCAGUGAGUGUUUCGACCGCGGUCGCACAUCACAACAACAGUGACCGACCGGAGGGUGGUGUUGGUGGUGGUGGUGGUGUGUAGCAUUAUUUAUUGGUGGCAGAUCAAAACCAUGUCCGGGUCCGGGGGGAGGCGACGAUCGAGCAUAUAUUGCUUGCCGAAGCCUCGGUACAGUUGUGUGCCCGUGUGAACUGCGACAUUGACUCUGCGGGUUCGGGGUGUGUGUGUGUGUGAGUUUGUGUCGUGUUGGGGCUAGGAUUGUGAAGGUGCUGUUUUGGAGCACUCACGAGUGUGUCUCUACAAGCAGUCGGCAGGAGUUAUCUGGCCGACGAAUCUCUCCGAACUCCGAGGGCACUUCACAAAAGUGUAGGAACGUUAGUGGCACAUGGUUGGGGCAGGGCAGCGAUUCGUGAGCACGGGAAGAAUCUCGUAAUAGACUGUGAAUUACUCUUAGUGCGUUCAGUUCAUCAUUCUAAGGAAAGAAUGCCAUACAAAUGUGUCCGCCUGGUGGUUAACGAAACACGUGCACUAGUGAUAGCAGGUUCGAUCGUGCUAGAUGGAUUAGCUUAGCACCGAGCAACCCCUCGUAACAGUUAGCCGCAAGCCGCAAGUCCGGUGCUGCCAGCCAGCCAGCCAGAACAAUGCCCAACACAAUGGCCGCCCACAUCAACCAGCGCAUCGAGGACCAUCGGAAUUUGGCCGACUGGUCGUACUAUGCGAACGAAACGGCCGGCGAGGAGUACUACGAGAUGCCGAUCGAUAUGCGCUUCAACUCCGGCCACAUCCUAUCGAUCAUGGUGUACACUACACUGAUGGUGUUUUCGGCCACGGGCAACCUUACGGUGCUCAGCAUACUGGCCCAGCGGAAGGUGCGCGCCUCGUCGCGGAUCAAUAUCAUGUUGGCGCAUCUAGCGAUUGCAGAUCUGCUGGUCACCUUUCUAAUGAUGCCACUGGAGAUUGGAUGGGCGUACACGGUUAGAUGGACGGCCGGUGACUUGAUGUGUCGCGUGAUGGCGUUCUUCCGCACCUUCGGGCUGUAUCUGUCCAGCUUCAUUCUGAUCUGCAUAUCGGUGGACAGAUACUUUGCUGUGCUGAAACCGCUCAAGGUGCACGAACAUCGGGCCGUGCUGAUGAUAGCAGCGGCCUGGAUAAUGUCCGGACUGUGCAGUUUACCUCAGGCGUUUAUCUUUCACCUGGAAGGACAUCCAAACAUUACGGGAUACCAGCAGUGCGUAACGUACCACUACUUUGAGGAGGAAAUCUACCAGAUCAUCUACAACGUGCUGGUAAUGUGCCUGAUGUACACCUUCCCGCUGAUUGUGAUCCUCUACUGCUACGGGUCUAUCUACUACGAAAUAUUUAGUCGUACCAAUCCACGCAAUUUAGGUAAAAGGGAACUCCUCCCUUAUCGACUCUCCAACCACGCGCAAUAUUUUUACCUUAUGCCUUGUUUUGCAGAGAGCUUUCGCCGCUCGUCUAUCGAUGUGCUUGGGCGAGCGAAGCGAAAGACGCUACGGAUGACCAUAAUGAUCGUGAUCGUGUUCGUCGUCUGCUGGACACCCUACUACGUCAUGUCACUAUGGUACUGGCUCGACAAGGAGUCAGCCAAAAACGUGGACCAACGAAUACAGAAGGGACUGUUUCUGUUCGCCAGCACGAACAGCUGCAUGAACCCGGUGGUGUACGGUGUCUUUAACGUGCGCAAGAAACACACUAAGAAACUACUAAAGACGACACACGAGAAAAGCUGCGGCAGUCAUCUGACGAUGAGGGCGUAGGAGCGUUAGUAACAUGGAGUGAAGUGUGUUCCGUGUUGUUGGUGUGGGAGAGAUUUUAGGAUGUUUGCUCCAUUUUAUAGCAUAAGAUAACGUUACAACUUACAAUUACACUACUCACGGUCUGAAAUACUCUGUAUGUAGCGGCUAUGUACGCAAUAAACCCGCGAUUCGGUGGACGUUUCCAUGAAAUGGAAGGAUCAUAA